CUGUCCGUGCUACUCAAUCCGACAUAUCCAUUCGACAACAAUCUGUUCGCUUUGUGCUUACUGCACUCGAAUUAUUCGCUCCUCCUCUUUCCAACGCCUAGAUAUAUGUUUAGAUCUCGUUUCCGAACGUGUAAAGUAUCUGGGAGUGCAGAUGAGAGGAACAAACGUAUCAUCAUGUCCGCGACAAUCUGAUGAGUCAAAUUAUCAACAAAGUUCUCGUACGUCGUUUUCGGAUUUCGAUCUAAUUUUACUCCAUCAAAGAGAAUAGCCGGAUCUAAAAAAGUCGGAGAUUCAUCGACAGCGAAUGUUUACUAGCAAAGUCAGUAAAAUAUGUUUGGGUCACUACGUAGCAAGUUUCAAACAGUGCAAGAAGGUAUAUCUGCUAGUAUACGUGGAUUGUCGACUCCCGAGCAUCCAAAGAGCAAAAAGUCAGCCAAUGUAAGAAAUGUAAAUUAUGAUGCUGGGGCAGAUGUUUUGCAUCAUUUUCAACUGCAAUGGAACGAGCUUCAUGAGCUCGCUGAGGAAAACGCGGGAAAGGCUCAAGAAGCAGAUGCGCUGAUAUCCUCUAUUUAUGAAAAACUUCAACACGAGUGGAACAAUGUUACAUGCUUAAACAAUACCUUAGCUUACAUUCCAAAGAUUAAUAAUGCGAUUCAAGAUCUGAUGGACCAAAUAGGAAACUUACAAGAAAUGUUCGAAGAAGUUGAAGGAGCUUUGUAUCGAUUGGAAGACUUAAAUGAAAUGUUAGAUUUACAAAGUAGACAGUUGGAUCAUAGGUUCCAAUUGGCUUUGUACAAAGAGAAGAAAUUGAUGGAAUUAAAUAAUUUCAAAACAAAACUAGCUAACGAGCACACAGAGAGACUUUCACAGCAUGAAUUAAAUCAGCAAAAAAAAUUGAAGGAACGACGAGAGACUUUUGAGGAAGCUUUUAAAGAGGAUCUUGAGGAAUACAAAACAACUGGAUCCAUACCAAAGUUACCAGUCUCUGCGAAAGGCCCAUCCUUGGACGAGAUAGUAUUAGACAUUGAUUCAAAGAUAUUUGAUGAGUUUUUAGAGAAUUAAAAGCAGAGGAUUCAAAUAAAUGUUGUUGCUAAACUUUUUUAUUUAAAGAUAUAGCAUAUGC